AUGGUCGCUCUGGACUUGACACACGCAAGCAUUCGCCUUGAAGAGCAUUCGUCAGCUCGGAACAAAGCGGUUGCAUCAUCCUCUAUCGUCGCGGGGAAGGUCGUUCUGACUGUGCCGGCAUUGUCAACUGCUCUGUUACAAACCGAGAAAGGACGCCGGUGCGACUAUUGCCACAGGCUAGCUUCGGACGCCGUCCAGUUGCGAAAAUGUACAGGCUGCGCCUCUUACUUGUACUGCGGUAAAGAAUGUCAGUCUGCGCAAUGGAUCGCACAUCACAAGAGGAUUUGCAAGCAUUAUUCUCGCUUUAUGGCGUCACGGGAAUACCAGACUCUGUCGAGUCACGAUCAGGUCGACGCGGUCCUCCUAUCACAUCUGCUGGCGGAGGCAUACCGAAAUGGACAAUAUACGCCCACGAGCGGCGAAGACCGUGAUGGCGCCCUCGGUAUCUUCAUGGACCUCAUGAGAGGCCCUCUGGCCCAUGUUGCAUCUCUCCCGGUCUCCUUGGACCAGCGUGUGACUGAUUCUCUGCAAGCCGUAGUGGCGAAGGACUACCACAGCCGCUUUGGUAACAACAACUUCGUUGUCCACUCGCAUCUCAAUUCAUACGCGCAUGGAAUAUUCCCUCUCGCCAGCCGUCUAUUCAAUCAUUCAUGCGCUCCCAACGCUGUCACGAAAUACAUCAUAACCCCAUCGAAGCCUGUCCGAAUGGAAGUCAUUGCACUGCGCGACAUCGCAGAGGACGAGGAGGUGACAAUCCCGUACUUGGACCCGGCUCUGCCCGUGGAGACCCGUCAACAAGCUUUGCAAUCGAACUACGGCUUCUCGUGUUCUUGCCCUACGUGUUGCAUCGUGGAGCGCGUGCAUCCGAUGCCACCCCCGCGUCAAGGAUCUACAGAAAUGGACGACCUGGAGAGCGCGCUUCGGAGAUACGCAUUAAGCGAUGCGGGAAGGGUCGCUGAGUUACGGGAGGACUCUGUUCUUCUCCAGGAGAUGCCGGUCGAACUCGCCCCGGUCUUGCACGAGUCGUACCUACCCCAACUAUCGGAGACUUUCAGUAGGACUUCGCAUGAGGGUCCGUACACAGAAGCAUUGUCAACCGGUCUGACCCUACUGGCGCUCUAUUCACUCGUCUAUCCGGCCAACUACCCACAAAUAGGCAUGCAUGCGCUGGAGCUCGCGAAGACAGCAUGGAACGCUGUGAUGAUGUAUCCAGAGCCUGCGGCCGCGAACCCUCUGGAGAGUGACGCGAAAUCAUAUCUUCUGAUCGCGACUCACGUAUUGAAUAUUUACGGGGAAGAAGGAGACGAAGGUGGACCGCUGGCAGAGAUCCGAGUCAUGCGAGACAUGCUUGGCCAACCAUAG